AUGUUCACAAGAAAACUAAACGCCCUCCAGUAUGAACAACCGUUUAACAUUGAAAAUGACACAGACUUUCAGAAGCUCAUUUUCUGGAUGGAGAACACCAAAAUUCGCUUCUACGCGCCGGAAGAUCGAGAUAAUCUGGAAGUGGGAGCUGCCAACUGGAAUUCAGGACUGGAAAAUUAUUUGAAAGAAAUCGGCUAUCAAGGAACGGCUACCGAUGACCGAAAGAAGGUGGUCGACUUUCUGCUUAACCUUGCUUUGCAAUACCAAAUGGAAGAUACACGAUCUCAACUGAAUCUCUCCAAAAAGGAAAUCAGCGAUCUCGCCAAAGUGAACACCAGCGCCGCUAAUCUGACGCAAAUUGACGUCAACUCUGCGCCCUUCAUUGAUGGACUUCGUGAACUCUCCGCUCUGCUAGACGUGCCCUUUUACCAGGAGGAGCCGCUGGUCACAUUACGUGCAAUUUCCAUCCUCUUACGGCGUCUGAAGAGGGACACCAGGAGCCCCAGCACCAGUGAAACCAGCAGUGACGAUGGCUCUAAAAAGAAAAAGCUCAGCUUCAAAACCGACGACAGCAAGUUGGCGGAGCCGUUCAGCAAAACCUCCAAAUACGACCCGCCGAUGAACCGAGCCGCCAAUGUGCUUCGUCUGCUGUACAUCAACGACCUGCGUCAGCUGCAGACCGCCAUCAACGGCAUGAUCGUUCAGGUGCAGUCGCUGACGGCCAACCCUAAAACGGACACAAAGCUGGGCAAAAUCGGUCGCAAAUAA